AGGCCCGCCUAGGUAAGGGAAGGCCUCAGCUCCUUCCGCCGCGCUCUGGCAGCGGGUCCGGGCUUGGGCUCCCGGGAUAGCGGCGGGGGCCGCCGGCGGGGCGUGCCCUGGAAGGUGAGCGUGGCCGAGCUGGGCCGCCAGGGGGCGCUGCGGAGCCAGGGGCACCCCUCCCUGCCCGCCUCAGUCCCCCGCCCCCUCCCCGCCCGCGCGCAAAACACUCUCGCCCUAGAGGCAGCACGGCCGAGCCGGAGCCGCUGCCGGAGCGGAGCCGGAGAGUGGCGGCGGCGGCGGCAGCGGCACCAUGACCCUGGGCAGCUGCUGCUGCGAGAUCAUGUCCUCCGAGAGCUCCCCGGCCGCGCUGUCCGAGGCCGACGCAGACAUAGACGUGGUGGGUGGCGGUAGCGGCGGGGGGGAACUCCCAGCCCGCUCCGGGCCCCGCGCCCCCCGGGACGUGCUCUCCCACGGCCAUGAGACUCCCCCGGAGGAAGCCGAGGCAGACGUAGCGGAGGACGAGGAGGAGUCGGGUGGCUGCUCGGACGGCGAGCCCCGCGCUCUGGCGCCUCGGGGGGCGGCGGCCGCAGCGGGGAGCCCAGGGCCAGGCGCGGCGGCGGCCCGGGGUGCAGCGGGGCCCGGCCCGGGACCGCCGUCGGGGGGCGCGGCGACGCGGAGCCCGCUGGUGAAGCCGCCCUACUCGUACAUCGCGCUCAUCACCAUGGCCAUUCUGCAGAGCCCCAAGAAGCGGCUGACGCUGAGCGAGAUCUGCGAGUUCAUCAGCGGCCGCUUCCCUUACUACCGGGAGAAGUUCCCCGCCUGGCAGAACAGCAUCCGCCACAACCUCUCGCUCAACGACUGCUUCGUCAAGAUCCCCCGCGAGCCUGGCAACCCUGGCAAGGGCAACUACUGGACGCUGGACCCGGAGUCGGCCGACAUGUUCGACAACGGCAGCUUCCUGCGGCGCCGCAAGCGCUUCAAGCGGCAGCCCCUGCCGCCGCCGCACCCACACCCGCACCCUCACCCGGAGCUGCUGCUGCGUGGCGGGGCCGCGGCGGCGGGGGACCCGGGCGCCUUCCUGCCUGGCUUCGCUGCCUACGGCGCCUACGGCUACGGCUACGGGCUGGCUCUCCCGGCCUACGGCGCACCCCCGCCAGGGCCGGCCCCGCAUCCGCAGCCGCACCCGCACGCCUUCGCCUUCGCCGCGGCAGCCGCCGCCGCCGCUCCUUGCCAGCUCUCGGUUUCCACAGGCCGCACCGCCGCGCCUCCACCCGGACCUCCGACAGCCUCCGUGUUCGCGGGCGCGGCAUCGGCCCCAGCUCCUGCGCCCGCCUCAGGCUCGGGCCAGGGCCCUGCCGGCCUGCCCGCCUUCCUGGGCGCAGAGCUGGGUUGCGCCAAAGCCUUCUACCCCGCGUCCCUGAGCCCUCCCGCAGCCGGCACCGCGGCCGGUCUGUCCACCGCACUUCUGCGCCAGGGCCUAAAGACAGACGCGGGCGGUGGUGCGGGCGGCGGGGGCGCCGGGGCAGGGCAGAGGCCUUCCUUCUCCAUAGACCACAUCAUGGGCCACAGUGGCGGCGGGGCAGCACCCCCGGGCACCGGCGAGGGCUCUCCGGGACCGCCUUUCGGGGCAGCCGCGGGGCCUGGGGGCCAAGCCCAGGUCUUGGCCAUGCUGACUGCUCCGGCCCUGGCUCCCGUAGCUGGCCACAUUCGCCUCUCGCAUCCCGGGGACGCGCUCCUGUCCUCAGGGUCCCCGUUUGCCAGCAAAGUCGCUGGUCUCAGUGGCUGCCACUUCUGACCGCAUCAGGCCCAGGGCCUGUUAAGUCCGCACUCCUCAGCCUCUCCCGGGAGCUCUUGCGGUCCCAGUGGAACUCAGGGAGUCUAUUUAUGAAGUCUCCAGACCUUGGACCGGCACGCGUGACUCCGCACUUCAUGCUCCACGCACAGAAUCUCGCAGAUAGUUGGGAUUAAGCGGGCUCUGUCGCUCAGGGCGACAGGCCCGGGGCUACGCGAAGAAGUCGCAGCCAAAAUCCUUAACCAUUUGAGAAUUAAAAGCUGGAGGUGGGUGGGGGCUGCUUCGUUUUUUCCCUGCCUCUCGGCGAAAUCAUUCCCGGAGAGAUGCCUGGCCAGGCCCCACGGAUCUGCCAGAAAAACCAACAGAGGGUCUCCCCUUCUGCUUCUCUUCCCUCACUUCAUCCCCAAAGUUGAGACCCUGCUUGUCCAACAUUAUAAUUUAAAGACAUCUAUUAUCUGCUUUGUGCUUAAAAGAAAAAUUCAACCUUUUUUUUUUUUUUUUUUUUUUUGCUGUUCUCCAAGGAAGUUCAUUUCCUCUGAAGCCUAAACCAGUGUCUACGCAGGGGGAGCUGAAUGGAGAGGUGAAGCAGGAGUCUUUAUAUUCCCUGCAGAAACCCUGGAACCCACUCCACUGAGGAAAAUCCUUUCUCUUUUGUGUUUGGGAGUUUUUAAAGGAAUUUCUUUCCCGUGGCUGGCUGGGUCCAGCCAUCCCGGGCCAGCAGUCCUGUCAGUGUUCCACCCUGUCCCAGGCCCUGUGAUAUUUAUUGUGGCAAAAGGCAAUGAGGUUGGGUGGAAGAGAGGGGUCUGGGCCCGGGACUGGAGAGGCGGGGGUGGAGUGGGCAGGGCACACUGUGGCAGGGGGUCCUGUAAUUUUGUGUAAAUAUCUGUACAGCGGGCUGCUUUCAGCGUUCUCUGUCCACUGGGUGUGCAUUGAUUUAGACUUCUCCACUGUGGGGAAACUCUGUGAAAUCGUCUGAUGGUCUGUGUGGAAGAAAAGAAAAAUCUGUCUACCCCCUAUUCUCCAUUGGUGUCAAUUGAAUAAAUGUAUGUGAACUUCA